AUGCGUCUUCUAGUGCGAUUUGCACUAGCAAUUCUUAUUUGCUUAUUACUCAUUGCCGCUUAUGAAUAUUUGAAUAUACGUCAACGUGUCAUUUCACGUAAUGAUCCAACGACAGACGCAGAUGAAGUAGUCCGUAUUUUGCUUAUGUCGGACGAUCCGGCAUCUAGCUGGGAAACAAACGUAAAUGUCACUUUCAACGUGAUCGUUGUACUAAUUAUUUCAUUGCUCAGUAUUGCCUUACUUGUUACGGGUUAG